AGUGAAGGCUGCAGCUGUCCCUGGGAGCUUCCUCCAAGAUUUCCAGCAAGUGGAGCAAGAACUGCAGCAGAGGAGCCUUCACCAUGGAGCAGCUGAGUUUAGCCAACACCCUCUUCGCCCUGGAGCUGUUCCGCACCCUGAAUGAGAGCAGCCCCACAGGAAACAUCUUCUUCUCUCCCUUCAGCAUCUCUUCUGCCUUGGCCAUGGUCUUCCUGGGGGCCAAAGGCAACACUGCAGCCCAGCUCUCUAAGUCUUCGUGAAUGGAUGUGGAAGGACGUCUGCUCCUGGUGUUCCUUAGUUCUGAGAAGGGAAUUCUGCCACCUUUGGAAGUCUAGACAGGAAUGGACUCAGCGUUUCCUAACUGACCUGCAUGGCUACUCUGCACCUGCUGCUCAGUGCUUCUCACAGGCUCUUCAUUUUGACUCUGUUGAGGACAUCCAUUCACAGUUUCAAAGCCUGAACGCUGAAGUGAGCAGGCGUGGGGCAUCUCACACUCUGAAACUUGCUAACAGACUGUAUGGAGAGAAAACCUACAAUUUCCUUCCUGACUUCUUGGCUUCAACUCAAAAACUGUACGGUGCAGACUUGUCCCCUAUGGAUUUUCAGCAUGCCUAUGAAGAUGCAAGGAAGGAGAUAAACCAGUGGGUCAAAGGUCAAACAGAAGGGAAAAUUCCAGAUCUUUUGGCUGAGGGUGUGGUGGACGAGGACACUAAACUUGUGCUAGUGAAUGCCAUCUACUUCAAGGGAAUGUGGGAGGAGAAAUUCAUGGCAGAGGAUACAACAGAUGCUCCAUUCCGACUGAACAAGAAAGACAAAAAAACCGUGAAGAUGAUGUAUCAAAAGAGUUACCUUCCAUAUGGCUACAUUCCAGACCUGAAGUGUAAGGUGCUGGAGAUGCCUUACCAGGGUAAAGAACUUAGCAUGGUCAUCCUGCUGCCUGACGACAUUGAGGACGAGUCCACAGGUCUUAAGAAGAUUGAGCAGCAAUUAACUUUGGAAAAAUUUUGUGAAUGGACCAAACAUGGGACCUUGAGAAAGAUUGAUGUCCAUGUCAAAUUGCCCAGGUUUAAGAUGGAAGAGAGCUACACGCUCAACUCCAACCUGGACCGCCUGGGAGUGCAGGAUCUCUUUAUCCCUGACUAUGCUGAUCUGUCUGGCAUGUCAGGAUCCAGAGAUCUUUUCAUGUCAACUAUUGCCCACAAGUCCUUCGUGGAAGUGAAUGAGGAGGGAACAGAGGCAGCUGCUGCCACGGGAGACAUUGUUAUUGCAUGUUCUCUGAGUCCCGAGGAAGAAUUCACAGCGGACCAUCCUUUCCUUUUCUUCAUUCGGCACAACCCCACAGCUACUGUGCUCUUCCUUGGUAGAGUUUGUUCCCCAUAGAAGGAACAAGGUACAAGGCAGAGCUUAGAGUUUCAUUCCCUGAGAUUUUAAUGGUGAUUGUUUUCAUUUGUCUUUGACAAUAAAACUACUAUCAGAAACCAA